UGCAUGAUACACAUCAUUAUUAGUUUUAUUCUGGUAAAUAGUUUUAAUUUUUGUGGACAUCAAUAAAAUUUUGAAUUUCUAUUCCAUUGAAGACCAUAUUUACGCCAUCGGUUUGAGUGACAUACAACGUUAGUACUUAUAGCUUAUCACGGGUCUUAACUAUAAUGCGUCGUGAGUGUAUGGUUUUGUUAAUACUAAAUGUAGCGGAAUAUUUCGCUAGCGCAAAGAAUACUAUCGUCACAGAUGAAAAUAAAAAUUUAGAAUGGUGGCAAACUGCGAUAUAUUACCAAAUCUAUCCGAGAUCAUUUAAGGACAGCAAUGRUGACGGCAUAGGAGAUCUUAAAGGGAUUGAAGAAAAAGCGGAGCACUUCAAAGACAUAGGAGURGACUGUGUUUGGUUAUCACCCAUUUUUAAAUCACCUAUGGCAGACUUUGGUUACGAUAUUGCGGAUUACAAUAAGAUUGAUUCYAUAUAUGGCACAAUGGAUGAUUUUAUUUCGUUGCAGAAAAAAUUGAAAUCUUUUGGCAUUAAAAUUAUUUUGGAUUUUGUACCUAAUCAUUCAAGUGAUGAACACGAAUGGUUUAAAAAGUCUGUGGAAAAAAUUAUGCCAUAUAAAGAUUAUUAUGUAUGGAGAGAUGCUAAAUAUGAUGAAAAUAAUAUGAGAAUACCCCCAAAUAAUUGGCAAAGUUUAUUCAGUAAUUCAGCAUGGACAUGGAAUGAAAGACGUGGACAGUAUUAUUUACAUCAAUUCGAUACUAAACAACCAGAUUUAAAUUACAGAAAUGAAGAAUUGGUUAAAGAAAUGAAAAACAACAUAAGGUUUUGGUUAGAUCUUGGUGUAGAUGGGUACAGAGUAGAUGCUGUGCCGUUUUUAUUCGAGRAUCCAAAUUUUGUUGACGAUAUCAGAAAACCAGAAGAGCUUGCUAUGAAAGAAAAAAAUACUUAUGAACAAUAUUAUCAUCCCAAUACAAUGGAUUUAGAUGAAACAUAUGAUAUGAUUAAUCAGUUUAGGGAGGUGAUAGAUGAAUACAAACUGAAAGAUGGAAAAACGAGAGUCAUGAUAACUGAAGCAUACACUUCUAUGGAAAACACAAUGAGAUAUUAUGGUAAUGAGACCAAUUUAGGAGCACAUAUGCCAUUCAACUUUGGAUUGAUCGAUCGAUUAAAUGAUCAUUCGAACGCCACUAAAUUCAACGAUGUGAUAAAUAAUUGGUUGGACAAUAUGCCUGAAGGGAAAUGUGCGAACUGGGUGNUCGGGAAUCAUGACCAGCCGCGCGUGGCCACUCGGUUCGGCAGCGAAAUGGUGGACACCAUGAACAUGCUGAACAUGCUGUUGCCUGGCGCCGCGUUCACGUACAUGGGCGAGGAGAUCGGCAUGUCGGACACGGCCGUCCGCUGGGACCAGACGGUGGACCCGAGGGGCCUGAACGCGGGAUUCGACAAUUUCCGGUCCUUGAGCAGGGAUCCUGCCAGGUCACCGUACCAGUGGAACGCCAGUGCCAACGCCGGGUUCACAGAGUCCUCGAGACCGUGGUUACCGGUGAACCCCAACUACUGGAAGCUGAACCUGGACGCACAGCGGAAGCAGCACUGCAGCCAUUACACCGUGUACAAGCGGUUGGCCAGACUCCGGAAGACCCGGACGAUUCAGCGCGGUUCGUUUGACGGCAGAGAACUGUCCGAGUGGGUGUACGCRUUCACCAGGUGAGUGGUGCACACUGCACAGUGCACGUUACAUGGCAAUAUUGGAGAGUGCAUUGCUAUCUUGAAAAAAUCAAUUAGCUUUURCUGGCCUC